UUAGUGUUUGAAAAAAAAAAAAAAAAAAAAAAAAAAAGAAUUUAGCUGCAAUUAAUCCACAGGAACACCAUUCCCCCUCUAUUUCUAACUUGAAAAAAGCACAAAAAUAUGCCGAAGAGAAAGGCUGUAGCUGAGGGUGAUGCCAAAGAGGAGCCACAGAGGAGGUCGGCAAGGUUAUCUGCUAAACCAACAGCACCGAAACCGGAUCCAAAACCCAAAAAGACAGCAGCAAAGAAAGAAAAGGCUGUGAAUGAUAAAAAGGAAGACAAGAAGGCAGCAGUGAAAGGAAAAAAGGGUGUGAAAGGUGAGACCCAGCAGGAGGAUGCAAAGGAGGAAAACCACUCUGAGAAUGGAGACGCCAAAGCCAAAGAGGAAGUGUCCAUUAAGGCUUCUGAAGAGAAAGAUGCCCACCCUGAGUAACGUUCUGUCUGCCCUCCCAUCUCUGUUGUCCAAUAUCUGUACCUCCAUGAAGUAUUGUUAACAGAGGAAUAUUUUUAUCGACUAUUUUAUAAAUACAAAUUUUGUUUUUUUUAAAGCAUGAAUUUCAGUAAGGAGCGCCAAACAGCUUGGUUGCUUGAGGUUAAAGAAGGAAUUCCCAGAGGAAGGAUUGAAAACCGUGACAACAAACAUGAAAAACAUACACAUCAGCGAGGACAGGAAACGCUUCAAUUUUAAACUCUCUGGUUGUAGUAGUUUGUAUGAUACCUAGGAGGGAAGGUCAUGGUAGAUUUUAACCUUUGGUCUUUGUGUCCCCUUUUCAUGUGUGAAGUUCUACCCAGCAACUGUUUUAAUUUUCUCCAUAUCUCAUUUUAUUUUGGGUUGAUGUGUUUUUUUUUUCCAGGGAGGCCUGGGGAAAAAAAAAAAAAAGUAUAAAAAAAUAAUAUAAUGAAGCAUUCCAGUUAUUUGGGGGUUGGCUUUAAAAAUUUGAAAAAAAAAAUCAGUAUUUUAGUGAUAUUUUAAAGUGAGAAAAUACCAGGUUGGGGGAGGGGGGGGGGGGGGAUUUAUUGAUUUUUAUACAGUUAAGACAAAAAUCAUGUAAAAUAAGUUUAAUGAAAACCACCAUCUUUUUUUGAAUGGGCAGAUGGCUGUGUGUACCCAAUUUCUUUUUAGAAAUUUUUGCUGGAUAGAUCUUAAUAAAAACAAAUUUAAAAAGAGAAAAACACUCUGCAGACCCUUACCUGUUUUGAGUGUUUACUUCUUGUGAGGGGUUAGUAGGGAAAUUACCUUUUCAAGCAUAAGAUGUGCGGUUCACAUAAAUGAAUAUAUAUAUAUUUUUUUUCAUUACACAAUCCCUUUUUAAAUUGGAUAGAAUACAUUUUCAGAUCAGGUGGGAAACUGAAGCUGCAUGUUAGUUCAGCCUAAAGUGACCAAAAUAUUUUCGUAUAAAUUGUAUUGCUUGUUUGACAUUUCCUGUGCUGUUUUAUGGUUUGUAAUCAUUGAGUUUUCAUUUUUUUCUAAUGCUGCCUGGCUUUGAGCUGAGUUUGUCUAGAGUAUCCUCGGUGUCUAUACUGAACAGCAUUCCCUAUUCCACUUAAAUCGUGAUGGUGGCUGUUCAGCUCUGCUCGCCCCACCUUUGUGUACUCCAGAGCCAGGGAAUUUCACAUACGUAGUCAGAGGAUCAUCAAAAAACAAACUGCACUCGUAAUUAUUAAUAUCUAAAAUCCUCCGGCCCAAGAACAGGUUUUCCUGCUGAAGUAGAACAUCAAGAAAAAAUGCGUCAUGGUCUUAUCUUCCUCAAAAUAAAAACACCAGCCUUAAGAA